GGUUUUGGUGGAUAUAUGAAGUAUGCUUUUCCAGCAGAUGAAUUGGAUCCCAUUAAAUGUGUUGGAAAUUUUCAAAUGUACGAGGUUUUGGGAAACUAUUCAUUGACUUUGAUUGACAGUUUGGAUGCGCUUGCAAUAUUUGGCGAUCGAUUGGGAUUUGAAAAUGCAGUAAAAUUGGUCAUUGAAAACGUGUCGUUUGAUCAAGACUGGACCAUUCAAGUUUUUGAAGUAACUAUUCGGGUACUUGGUGGAUUGCUUUCUGCGCAUAUGUUGGCAACCGACAGUAAAUAUGGUUUCAAGAUCAAUUGGUAUCACAAUCAACUUCUUGAUCUUGCGACUGAUCUUGGUGACCGACUAAUACCGACUUUUAAAACACCGACUGGGAUUCCAUACUCGAGAGUGAAUCUAAAAAAAGGCGUUCUGCCUACUAUAACUAACGAGACAUGUACAGCAGGUGCUGGAACGUUGGUUCUGGAAUUUGGAAUACUAAGUCGGCUUACAGGAGAUCCAAAAUACGAAAUUGCUGCUCGGCAUGCUUUGGAAGCACUAUGGGAGCGACGGUCUAAAAUUAAUCUUGUUGGAAAUAAUCUCAAUGUUUUAAACGGCUCGUGGCAGGAAAACAUUACUGGAAUUGGUGCUGGUAUUGAUUCGUUUUUUGAGUAUAUGCUCAAAGCGUACAUUCUUUUUGAAGAUUCAAAUUAUUUAAACAUGUUUGAAGAGGCAUAUGCAGGAAUUAUGAAGUGGAUUAAAGACGAUACUGGAUUCUAUUACAAAAAUGUGAAUAUGUACUCUGGAAAAUUGGCAGUUACAUGGAUCGACUCUUUGUCAGCCUUUUUCCCUGGAGUACAGGUUCUUUCUGGCCAUUUAAACGAUGCCAUAAAGCAUCAUUAUUUGUACUAUACAAUUUGGAGAAAAUACGGUGCUUUACCUGAGCGAUUCAAUAUGAAUUUGCGCGACAUUGAUAUUGGGGUUUAUCCCCUUCGACCAGAGUUGAUUGAAUCCACAUAUGCACUUUAUCAAGCAACAAAGGAUCCAUUUUAUCUGCAUGUUGGAGAAACAAUUCUUGCAGAUUUAAAUAUGACUACUCGCACACGAUGCGGUUUUGCUUCAUUGGAAAACAUCCAAACAGCAGAAUUAUCUGGUCGUAUGGAAAGCUUUUUUUUGAGCGAAACGCUAAAGUACCUGUAUUUGCUAUUUGAC